GCUAUCAGUUCCGUUAGAUUUGACCUCUGUGACAGAUAUCUCCAACUCACGUAUAUAUGGAAUAUUGUAAGAUCAGAUAGCUGGGUCGUUACACUGCGGAAUUACGAGAGAUAACGAACUAUUUGUGUUUGAUGUUUUUUGUCAUCUGUACUUGUAUUCGAAAUCAUAGUUUUUGGUUUUUAUCCGGGACCAUAAAUUUAAAGUUACAAGUAAAAGUGGAAGUGGAUUCAAAAGAAGGUUACGAUUUACAACUUUUUUCAAAUUUCUUCAGUCCGAAAAGUGUUUGAUUCUUUAUCUACGUUCAUGGAUGAAGGUACCAAACUGUGACUCAUAUUUGGGGAUUUAAAUGAUGCACGAGUUUGAUAUGCGUCUUUAAUAAUCGUACUUAACCGUACACGCACAUAUUUUGAACAUAUUGUACAAUAUCACACCGUUUAAAGCCGUCGUUUACGCGAUUGUUUCUCUAAAAUAUCAGUUUUAUUGUAUUUUGUUUCAACUUCAAUCUUCAGGCAUUAGUUAUAUAUAAAGUAAAGUCAAUGCCAUUAAAGCGGCUACGUAAGUACGAUUUAAGCUACGACGCCAUAACGAUUUCAGUUUGUGAUAUCAGUACAAGUGUAAUUGUGACGUCAGUUUAAUUUGAACUUUGCAGUGGCGUUAUUGUGAUUCUAGCUGAAAUCAGAGACCUGUGAUGUCAGUAUUAUUAAAAGCGAAGCCCAGGAGAUGAAACACUGUUUAAAUCGAGCUGCUAUAUAAUCAUGUUCCGAUUCAUAACAUCUUCCAUUUUUGAAAACGCCUGAAAGGAAGAUACAACCGCUGCAAAAUAAAUACUUAACAGAGAAUAUCCCGAAAUUCUCGAAUAACUGUGGUAUAAAAAACAUCUUUCCGCCAUACUUAGACAGUACAACAGAAGAAAAUAUGCAAUUGACCUUGAACUUUACAAUUAAGAACCUAUCCUGCAUCUUAAUAUCGCGAUCAUCUUAAAUCAACGUGAAAAAGUCGACCACUAAACAGAAAAUAAUAUAUGUGAAUAUCUGUCGCAAAAACCAGUGGAACUUCUAGCCGUCCAUCACAAUAGGGAACAUUUCAAAACAUUUUUAGAAAGGCUUUAACAAGGGAAAUCGGCGCCAGUCCAUCUGACUCCAUUUUGAAAAUCGCAAUAAUCUUAAAAGACAGAGCAGAUAUCUUAUUUUUAAAGUUUUAAAAAACACAAAAACAGUGAAUAUUUCAAUCCAGAACAAGCAAAAACAAGGAAGAGAAGACAAUUUGACAAACAUCUGUUUCGAAAUCUUUGCUAUAUCCAAUCGUCCGUCAUCUUGAAUAUCGCUAAUUCUCACAUCAGACGAGAUUUGAAGAUGCAGAGCGCUACCAAGAACCUUUCGAAAUACGCAAUCAUCUCGUUCCUACUCAUAUUCAUCGUCGUUAUGGGGGUUUACUUCAUUUACUCCAACAGAGUUCCAACACCGUCUUUGGCCAUCGGCAUUGAUGUCGGGAUCCAGCAUAAACAUGCUCCUGUGGACGACAUACCUCUCACUCAUGACGAUAUUUACGUCGACGACACGGUGGCCCGGAAGUUAUUCGAUGAGGUGCGAGUGUUCUGUUGGAUCCUUACAACAAAGUCCGGCAUCUUUAGCAAGGCGGCCGGCAUCAAUGCCACGUGGGCACCUCGCUGCAACAAGCACGUGUUCUUCGCUUCCGCAUCCGGUGAGGAAGACAUUUUUACGACGUUGCCGUCCGGAGCGACACCUAUGCCGAAGGUUGAAAUCAAUUUAAACGGUUUAGAACGGAAGGAGUAUAAAACGGCAAACGGGGCGACUUUUACAACGAUUUCUAUGGGGACUGAUAUUAUGUUUAUCGAUACGCCGGAAGGAUACGACAAUCUUACCGAGAAAUCUCGCGAGAUUUUACAGUUGCUGUAUUUGCAGGAAAUGGAGCAUUUUGAUUGGUUCUUAAAGGCCGAUGAUGACACCUACGUCAUCAUGGAGAAUAUGCGUUUCCUGUUGAAAGGGCUGAAUCCGGAAACACCUGCGUAUCUGGGUUACCAGCUGGAGCCCACAUGGUUCGACUCGCCCUACAUGAGCGGCGGGGCAGGAUAUGUGUUCAGCCGUGCCGGGCUCAAGCGCCUCGUCGAAAAGGGAUUCCAGAAAAAGGGCGCUUGUCAGGAAAAGGGGAGCUCCGAGGAUUUAGAGGUCGGCAGAUGCGCAAUGAAAGCCGGUGUCAAUAUACAUAGCUCGCUCGACAGAUUCGAACGGGAAAGUUUCCAUCCGGAUAAUAUAAACGACUACAUUCCUGGGCCGCCACCGCAGUGGCUUUAUUAUUAUUCUAGGAAUAAACCAAAAGGGGGUUCCGAGUGCUGCAGUCAACUCAGUGUCACGUGGCACAGGAUGGAGACUCGUGACAUGCUUGUGUUUGACCACCUGCUCUACAAGACGCACGUGUACGGGCGCAACAUGGCGGCCUCCUACAAGAACUUCUACUCGUACAACAAAGUCAAGAAAUUACCGAACGGAGUUCCCACCUUGAAAAACGAGUAGCAUUAGAAAAUUAGCAUUUUUUUCUUGUUUAGUAGGAAGCAUUCUUAGUAUCGUUCUUAAACCAUGGUUACCUCGGUGUUCAAGUAUGGCCACGAAAAUGUCAUAAAUUGCAACUGAUUUUUUGUCGUUACAUGGUUCACGCAGAGAUAGUUUUGUUUACCAUUAAAUUGCGUGUAUAUGUGUAUAUUUAAUCUUUGACAUAAAUGCAUUGCAUUAUAAAAUUUGAUGAGGCUCAUAUGUGAACUUACAGUUAAAGAUGAUUGUGCAUAUUUAUAUUAAAAAUGGUAAUAUGCA